AUGGCCACCGGAAUCGCGAAUCCUCACGCCGCCAUGCCGCCCUCGGCCUACCAGCAACCCACCUACGGCUACAAGGGCGGCGUGCAGUACGUCCCCUACUCGCCCACCCACUCCGGCUCGAAUACUCCGACCACCGUCUCUCCCACCAACAACUCCCACCACAUGCACCUGCACUCGCGCCAGCUGCGCCCGCCGCGCGCCCCCAUGUACGUCCCUGCCGUCCUGCGCCCGACCGAGAGGCCCCCGCGCUCGUCUCCCCCCAAGGGCAGCGAGAUCGCCUCCCCUUCGGAUAGUGGAUCCAUCGGCUUUGGGAGCCAGGCGGCGGGUGACGGCUUCGGCUCGAGCAUCGCCGAAAUCGAGCGUAUCAACAGCCAGGAAGACACCCAGUCCCUCGGACCUGUGACGGGCCCUCCGUCCAGGAAUCACUGGAAGUCCAACGAAGCAACCGACAAGUGCAACUCUGCCGGCUGCAACCGUGCUUUCACCAUGUUCUGCAGACGCCACCACUGCCGCCGCUGCGGCGACAUCUUCUGCUACGAGCACAGCGCCCACGAGAUCAAGCUUGACCAGGAUGCUCUGUUCCAUCCGAACGGCCAGCUGUCGCGCGCCUGUGACAGCUGCUGGUCGACGUACCGUCAGUGGGACACGGCGCGCAACUCCUCCCGCACCAACAGCGCAAGCUCACAAGGCAGCUCCACCGGCGGAUCCUUCACCAACUACACGCAGACUCAGGGUCUCCAGCUUCCCCAGCCACGAGGCGUGGCGCAAGCCCAAGCGCAGACCCACCGCGUUGGCAGUUAUGUGGGCAGCGUGCCGCGCGAUUGGAACUGGAGCACGUUCUAA